AAUCAGCUCCUCUCCCAAAGUCAAGCCGACCGCCUUCCAGCACUUCAUCGGACAGUACACACAUCCAUCAUGCCAUCCGAGGAAUUCUAUGUGCGAUACUAUUCGGGUCACCAGGGCCGAUAUGGACACGAAUUCAUCGAGUUUGAGUUCCACGCUGACGGACGUUGCCGAUAUGCCAACAACUCCAACUACAGGAACGACUCUUUGAUCAAGAAGGAGAUGACUGUGAGUUCGUUGAUGAUCAAGGAGCUCAAGAGGAUCAUUGCGGAUUCGGAAGUGAUGAAGGAAGAUGAUCAGAAGUGGCCCAAGAAGAACGUCGUCGGAAAGCAGGAGCUCGAGAUUCGCCUUGGCAACGAGCACGUUUCUUUUGAGACCGCCAAGAUUGGCUCGCUUGUGGAUGUGCAGGGAAGCGAAGAUCCCGAGGGUCUCCGUGUCUUUUACUACUUGGUGCAGGACCUCAAGUGCCUAGUAUUCUCAUUGAUCACUCUGCAUUGGAAGAUUAAGCCCAUUUAGAUCAAAUCGCAAGAACAGGAGCAAUUGGGCUAUGAACUCGAAUAAAACAGCGCAUCAACCACAUACAUUUGUCAAAGGCGUUGACCUCGCAUGGAUUUCCCCUGUCUUUCUAUCACCGCUUAGCAGGAAUGAAGAGCCACAGCACGUAGAUCCAAAGUCUUCGCGAACCGAUUUAUUUCUUUUUUUUUUUCUUUUUUUUUUUCUUUUUUUUUUU